AUGACGAAAAAUGACUCAAAUAGGCGAAUUCUGCGAGAUUUUGCUUUAUCAGGAUCACAAGAUUCUCAAACCAGCAUUGUAAGGCCAACGGUAAACGCUAAUAAUUUUGAAAUAAAAUCAUCACUGAUUCAAAUGGUUCAACAAUCUCAAUAUGGAGGUAAUGCUACCGAAGAUCCAAAUUCUCACUUGUCAACAUUUCUUGAAAUCUGUGAUACAAUUAAGUUUAAUGGUGUUAGUGAUGAUGCAAUUAAACUUCGAUUGUCUCCAUUUUCACUAAGGGACAAGGCUAAGGAAGGAGAGACAUUGUACGAAGCUUGGGAGCGCUAUCAGGAAUUGCAACGAAGAUGUCCUCAUUAUGGCCUACCAGAUUGGCUAGUAGUCCAAACAUUUUACAAUGGUCUCACCUAUCCAAUAAAGACGCAUGUAGAUGCGGCAGCGGGAGGAGCUUUGAUGGGAAAGACAGCUGAGGAAGCUCAGCAAUUGAUUGAAAAAAUGGCUGCUAACAACUACCAAUGGGCAAACGAACGAGGUAAUACAAAGAGAACCGCAGGUAUGCUCGAAGUAGAUACCUUGAAUAUGUUAAGUGCAAAAAUGGAUAAUGUGGUUAAGAUGCUUAAUAGCAGCGAACAGGUUCAAUAUCUUAACAAUUACAAUCAUCCACCCCAAAACAAUCCAUACUCCAAUACCUAUAAUCCAAGAUGGCGUAAUCACCCGAAUUUUGGAUGGAAAGAUCAAGGGAACCAACAAAGACCGGUUAAUCCACCGGGUUUUCAACCGAAGCAACCAUUUCCGGAGUCCAAACUAGCUUGGGAAUUGGCAAUUGAAAAACUGGCAAAUGUAUCAAAUGAUAAAAUUGAAAAGUUAGCCAUUGUCACUACUCAACGGUUUGAAAGAAUUGAAGGAAGGAUGGACCAACUCACCAAUAUGUACAGGAAUGUUGAGGUCCAAUUAGGACAAAUAGCAAAUGCGGUUAACAAUCGCAACCAAGGGGAUUUACCUAGUAAGACUGAAGUGAAUCCGAGAGAGCAUGUCAAUGCAAUCAUUCUUAGAAGCGGUAAAACGGUUGAAGGACCUAAUUUUGGAAAUUCAGGUGGUGAAAAAGAAAGGACCAAUCAAUCGAAGGGGAGAAAGAAAGCCGAAAUGAUCAUGUUGUCAUUGAUAUUGAUGCACUUCCUCCCAAAUUAA